AUGACUACUCUGACGGUACUAUCCGAUGAGGAGGCCAAGUCUCCCCUCAUCUCGCUAAACCCAACCCACACCGUCGCCGAUAUCGACCCUCUGAUCUAUGGAGGCUUCACAGAACACAUGGGCCGGUGCAUUUACGGUGGCAUCUACGACCCAGACAACAAGAACGGCCUCAUCACAGAGCAAGGGUACCGCAAGGACGUGAUCGACUCUAUUUUGGAGCUCAAGGUGCCGGUCAUCAGAUACCCCGGCGGAAACUUUGUGGCAACGUACCGGUGGCAGGAUGGCAUCGGACCUCGGGAUCAGCGCCCCAAGCGCCCGGAGCUGGCGUGGCUCGGCGUCGAGUCCAACCAGUUUGGUACCGACGAGUUCAUUGAGUGGUGCCGCAUCGUCAAGACGGAGCCGUACAUUUGCCUCAACAUGGGCACGGGCACGCUGGAGGAUGCACUUGCUUGGCUCGAGUACUGCAAUGGCGACCGGGACACGCACUACGCCAACCUGAGACGAAAGAAUGGCCACGAGGAGCCGUACAAGGUCAAGUACUGGGCUCUGGGCAAUGAAAUUUGGGGUCCAUGGCAAGUAGAACAGGCCACCAAGGAAGACUAUGCCAAAAAGGCAAUCCAGUGGGCAAAGGCGUUGAAACUGCUUGACCCGUCCAUUCAGCUUAUUCUAUGCGGACGUGACGGUGUUUCAGACUGGGACCGAUAUGUCCUCCAGCAAUGCUCGCGAUACAUUGACAUGCAUUCGAUCCAUUUCUACCAUGGUGACGCCAAGCACUAUCCCAAUAUUUCAGGACCGUACGCCGCCGAGCGCGCCAUCCAAAUCACCUCAUCCCUGAUUGACCUCGCCCGGUGCGAGCUGGACCUGACCGAGUUCCCCGACUUUAGCCGCAUCACUACAGCACCCAAGACGGCGCACCGGCCCAAAAUCUGCUUCGACGAGUGGAACGUGUGGGACCCGAUCCGGGCCCCCGGCGACAAGGGCGCCGAGGAGCUGUACAACCUGUCGGACGCGCUGGCCGUGGCCAUUUGGCUCAACAUUUUCAUCCGCAACGCCCGCGACCUGGGCAUGGCCACCAUUGCCCAGAGCGUCAACGUUAUUAGCCCGCUCAUGACCUCGCCCACGGGCAUCACCCGCCAGACCACCUACUGGCCGCUCCUGCUCUUCUCGCGCUACAUGCACGGCAAGACGGUCGCCGUCCACGUCCGCGCCGGCGUCUACACGGGCGAGACGAACCCCAAGUGGAUCCAAAGUACCGUUGAUAUCCCCAAGCUUGAUGUCAGUGCCGCCCUCGAUGGCGAGUGGCUCAACGUUGCCGUUGUCAAUGUGGACGAGGAGCACAGCUACGAGACUGAACUAUUCGGAGUAGCGCCAGCUUCUGGCGAUAUCCAGGUGUUCAAAGUCGGUGGAGAGAAAUUCAACCUAAAGGAUGUCAACAAGGAGGGCCAAGAGACGGUUUCGAUUGUGGAAAGCACCUUGAAGGGCGAAAAUGUAAAGAAGUUUGUCUUUGAAAGACACAGCUUUACCCUGCUGAGAUGGAAGGUCUAA